AUAAAACACACAACACCGUUGCGUUGCCCCUUUCUGCUUCUGCUCAGAGUGAGUUUGGAUUUCCUUCGAAAAGGACGCGCGCGUUCCGUGUUCCGGUCGUGUCUUGGGUUUGCUGCCAUCGGUUCUCUCUCACCUACUUCCUGCUCUACCGCCGCAGCCAUCAACCUUGGGGCUUUGUCCUGCUUGCCUCUGUGUGUCUGUUUGUGUGCCCUUUCGUGGAAAAUCCUGCGUUUUUUUGUGUAGGCCCCUCUUCUUUUAAGUUAGUGAAAAGUGAAAAUCGAAACCCCCUUUUUGAAGGGAAAGAAAAAUUUCCUGUUAGGAGUGUGAGGGGGGCACGAAAUUCUGAGGAAAAGGCAUUUCCCAACAAAUCCUUUUGGGGGGUCGGUGUGCGCGUGUGUUGUAAUUGGGCAAUCCCCCUUCUCUGUAAGGGCUUGUUUGUCUAAUAAAAGAUCAACGAGAAAAAUAAAAUUCAAGUUUAAGUGUGAUGCAAGGUAGCAAAAUAACAUGCAUUUGUUUACUUGUCUGAGCAGCUGAGAGGAAAACAAGAGAAAAGUAUAAUUACUAAAGUGUAUCAAGAAGAAAAGCAUACCAACAAGAAAAGUGAGAGAAAGAAAAACAAAGUGUUAUCAUCGUGCACAGUGGAAAAUCAAGAAAAAUCUGUCCGCCUGUUUCAACUUGAACGUGAAUCCCGUAAAUAAAGAACAACGGAUUAAUCGCCCAAGAUGGUGCAAAAGUACGAGUCCCCCGUGCGGAUCUACAAAUACCCGUUCGAGCUGGUCAUGGCGGCCUACGAGCGUCGCUUCCCCGUCUGCCCCCAGAUGCCGAUCGUGCUGGACUGCAACAUCACCGAGGACACAGUCUCGGACGACGGUUCCAAACGAGAAACGCACCGGCGCUGCAAGCUGGCCGUCGAAGCGCCUUACCUGUUCAAAAAGAUCAUCGGCGUCGACGUGGUCUUCUUCAUCCAGAAGAACUUCCUGGACCUGAAGGCGCGCACCCUCAACAUCGAGGCCACCAACGAGACCUUUUCGUCGCGGAUCGAAAUCUUCGAAAAGUGUCGCUACUACGCGCACCCGGAAAACCCGGACUGGACCUGCUUCGACCAGGUCGCCACGCUGGACAUUAAGAACUUUUUCGGCUUCGAGCACUCGAUGGAGAAGAUGGGCAUGAAGCAGUACUCGCAGACGACCCAGAAGGGCAAGGAGAUUAUCGAGUUCUUCAUCGUGGAGCUCAAGAAGGAGGGCGUCGAGCACGUGGAUCGCUGGAAAGAAGACGCCACCAUUCAGUCCCCGACAGACGCCACUGCCACCCCCACCGGCAACGGAACCAGUCCAACCGGUGCCGCCAACAACGCAAACAGCACGUCAACCGCCGUCAGUUCACAGCUGGUGGUGGUGUCGAGUUCCAGCGAAAAACCGCCCCUUUCGCGCGAUAACAGCAUUCUGGACGCGGACUACAUUGCGAAAUAUCUGGGCCAGCUGUCUCCGCUGCAGGAAUCCAAGCUGGUGCAGUACCGCAAGCGAAUCGAGGAAGCUACGACGGCAUCCGACGGGGACAGCGCCGUGCCCGACUACCAGACGUUGCUGCGAUUCCUGAGGGCGCGGGACUUUAGUAUCGACAAAGCGACCACCAUGCUGCAGGAAUCGUUACAGUGGCGGGCCGAACAUCGCAUCGAUGACAUCCUGAGCGAGUACAAGACGCCGGUCGUGGUGGAAAAGUACUUCCCCGGUGGAUGGCACCACCACGACAAGGACGGCCGGCCGCUGUACGUCCUCCGAUUGGGCAACAUGGACGUUAAGGGGCUGCUCAAGUCGGUCGGCGAGGAUGAGCUGCUGAAGUUGACACUACACAUUUGCGAGGAAGGACUCAAGCUGAUGAAGGAGGCGACAAAGCUGUUCGAGAAGCCCAUCUGGAACUGGUGCCUGCUGGUGGACCUGGACGGGCUUUCGAUGCGGCACCUGUGGCGGCCGGGCGUCAAAGCGCUGCUCCGCAUCAUCGAAACCGUCGAGAAGAACUACCCGGAGACGAUGGGCCGGGUGCUGAUCGUGCGGGCUCCGCGGGUCUUCCCCGUGCUGUGGACCAUCGUCAGUGCGUUCAUCGAUGAAAAUACCCGGUCCAAGUUUUUGUUCUUCGGAGGUCCGGACUGCUUGCACACCGAAGGUGGCCUCGAGCAGUACCUCCCAAAGGAUAGAAUCCCCAAAUUUCUGGGUGGAGCUUGCAGCCCGACGAUUCCCACGGUGGCGGAACCGGUCCCAUCCAAGCUCUUUACUCGCUGCUUUCUGAGCGCGUGCCACUGUACCCUGAUUCACGAGGGUGGCCUCAUCCCGAAGCACCUGUACAAGUCCGAAUCGAUAGACGUCGAGGGCGGCGGACACGGCGGAAUGGCACAGCCACACGAUCACCACGGCCUGUACAAAUCGGUCGAUCUCAAGCCGGGCCAGAUAUUCGAGCUGCUCAUCCGGAACGCGGACCCACGCUCCGUGCUGACGUGGGACUUUGACGUGCUGCGGAACGAUCUGCUGUUUGCGCUGUACCGGACGGACAAGCAGUUUGAGCAGGUCUCAAACGAUUCUUUCUCAUCCGUGUUUGACGCGCCAGAGUUCAAGGAAGGUGUGAGCUAUACCAAACUGGAAGACAAAGUGAAAUGCAGACCGAAAGAGGGAGUUCAGGGCUCCCACGAGAUGCUCACCGCCGGCACGUACGUCUUGCAGUGGAUGUGUCCCCCGUCGUGCGACGGUCCCACCCAGCUGAUGUAUUUCCACGAGAUCCUCAGCUCGGCCAACUACAAGGGCUCGAUGACCAGCUUGCAGUCGGGCUUCUCCUCCAACAGCUUACAGUCCCGAUGAAGUGGCGGCGAGGAUGUGUCGACGGAGGGAGAUUGAAGCUCAAGUGACGGUGUGUGUUCAGUACGCGGAGAAUGCAUUUGAUGUUUAGGACAAAAUCGUGUGACUAAUUCGAAGGUUGUAACACCGUAACAAUAAGCUAACAAUCGAAUGCGAGAAUCUUUUAACAGUAGGAGGAAAAAAGGGGGAGCGUGGAAGAGGGACACGAUUUAAAUCAAUUACGCGUUAAGGUGACAGUGAGUCUUAGAUGGUGGAAAGGUGUCAAAAGUGAUUAGCAAAUUUAGAAUUAUACAUUGAAAUGUCCGCGUGACUUAGACAUGUAAGACAAUAUCAAGCAAAUUGCAGAAGAAUCGUUAUGUUGUUAAUUGUAACACAUUUGCCAAGCAGUGAACGAAACAGAAUCCCCCUGCAAGAACAAAGAACCCCGCAGCAGCUUACACCAAUCAGCAAAUCAGACAGAAACAAACGCUUUUGUGUCCAAUUUUAUACUAAGGAAACAAACAAACCUAAGGAAAACUAUCGAUAUCAAUGUGUCACUCACAAUUAUGGAAUGAACAAAGCUUAUAACUAGACUAGAAAUCGCUCUUUUUCUAUUCGUGGUCGCAGAUAAAAAGUAGCCAAAAAUUAAAUCAAAUUGUACUAUACUAUUAUACACAGCAGCAAGCAGUCAAGCCGAUCAGAACUCAAUGUUACAAAAAGAGAAUAUACAACAAGAAACACUAAUCAACAACCAACUGUACAUAAAAAUAAAUGAAUGUACAAUUUUAGACUACAACGCAAACAGACAACAAGAACAACAAAAAAGUAAUAUAAAUAAUUAAAAACAAGAAUCUUUACCUCACAUCUGUUAACUUCACCGCCAAGUCACGUUCUACUUUAACCCCCGUCGUUUGUUGUUGCGUUCAAUCUAUCCUUUAUACUUAAAAAAAAAUCUCUACUCAAUGCCCGUACUAUUUAAGUGAAACUAGUUUCACAUACUUUCUUCAUCGGGUACCGUACGGAAAUCGUUUCCAGUGAUAAGAAGACAGACUUUAUUUUAUUUUACCCUUGUUCAAACCGCCCGAAACAUAAAUCGCAAAAUGUCGACUAGUAGAAAAAAAAUUCAGCAGUAUACGUUGUCCCCGUUUGUUCGUUUUAUCUCAGCGGGCGGAAACAUUUGGCCGAUAUGAUGGGAUAUUAGAUAUUUGUGUUAUUAGAAGCUAGUAGAGGUAAGUUUUUUUUUUCAAUUGACUCGAGCAAUGCAAUUAUAACAGUCCACGUCAGUCAAUAUCGAAAACAGAACAGAUUCCAACCAUCAUGAAUAUACGUAUAGAGAAGAAUAAAAACAAAAACUCAUAUAUCGAUACUUCAUAUAUUUUUGGAAAGAAACAGAAACAGCGAAACAAAAAAAUAACGGCGCGCGAAUGCACAUAACCACAUAAUCAAACCAGCUAUUGUCAGUAGAAACUAUAAAAGUACACACAUUAAUUAAAGUACACAAGUUAAAAAAAAAACAAAACACUUUUCAGUAAUCUCGUUAAACAUGUUAAAUUCAAAUAAUUCCCGUUUAUUGAUACACAGAUUAUUAGGAUUAUUAUUAUUAUUGUAUGAGAGCGCUUUUUGUCAGUGAUUGAUUAUAUACCUACUUUGGCGACCUGAUAUGAUUGUGGGAAAAAGAGGAAGAAGCGAGAAUGUAUGAUUGUUUUCAAGAGGUAUUGCAAAUAAAAAGCAUUGAAAUUAAUAA